AUGGCUUCACAAAGACAAUCACAGCAAAUCCCACAAGAAAGCCCUCCACGCAAGCCAGAUCCAGCAUUACAAUCCCUCCCUAUCCGUGCCUACUUAGAUCAAUCAGUUGUUCCUAUACUUUUACAAGGACUAGCAGAGCUCGCCAAAGAGCGUCCAUCAAACCCAGUUGAAUGGCUUGGGCAUUAUUUGUUAAAGAAUUCCGAAAGAAGUUAA